AUGGCGACGAUUGGUACUGUGUUCUUCUGGUCAGCAAUCUCGAUUGCAGCUUUACUUGCGAUCCUCUUCUCGGUCUUUUCGAUUUACAUGAUUUACCUCCAUUGGAAGUUCAGUCAUUUACCUGGGCCAAACAGGGACAGCUUUUUCUCCGGUAAUUUGCCUCAUAUCAAGCGCGAGUUGGCGAAAGGACACAUUUUUCCCGAAUUGGUCAUCGAACUCAACCGAAUUCACGGUCCAAUAAUUCUCCUAUGGAUUUUUCAUAAGCCAAUCACAUUCGUGUCAGAUCCAGAACUCAUCCGAAAAUGUUUAAUCACGCUUAACCUACCGAAAAAUCCGUUUGGAUACAUAAACCUCGGAUACCCNACUGCUGCUCCCCUCAACCUAACCAACAGGAGUGUGAUUGAAGCAGGCAAAUUUGUACGCGAUUUUGGAAGGAAGGUAAUUCUUGAACGUCAAGAAGCUAUGUUACGAGGGGAAGAUACACCUCCUGAUAUCCAUGCACAUAUCUUGGGUGUCAAAGCAAAGGAGCCAAGUAUUACAAUGGAAGAUAUGGUGGAUGAGUUUUUCACAUUUUUCAUUGCAGGUGGCCAAAACCGCAAAACCGAAAACCCCAAUGGCCCCCUCCUACAGCAGUUUGAGUUGAGUCUCUGUCCUGGUCAAGAUGAGAUAAGAUACGUGGAGAAUUUGACCCUGAGGCCUAAAGGGGGAUUGCUUUGUACACUCAAACGAAGGCGACAGAAAGAAAUGGAUCCUUUAAAGGUCAAGAAUGUGUCACUCUUUGAAAAGGAAACAGCCCUUAACGAAAGAGAGAAGCUAAGAGAAAAGCUGGAAGGAGUUGGCCAGCUCCUUAUUGACGGAAACAGCAAGCUGAAGAGUUCAGUCAAAGGCAGUGAUAGAGUUGGCAUAAGUGCAGCGGAAAUAAUGAUAUAA